AUGGGCGGAUGCGUAUCGACAGUGGAUCGGGCGGGCAAGGCUCGUUCGGACGAAAUCGACAGGCAGAUUGAGGAGGACAACAAGAGGUUUAAGAGGGAGUGUAAGAUUCUGCUGCUAGGUGCGUUCUCUUCUUCCUCCCCGUCCCUCGCCUUCGUCCCUCUCUCUGGCUACCUCACCUCCGCCACCACACCCACACCCACAUCCACACCCUUCGUGCGCCACCCAACGCCGACACUCGCACCCGACACUCGCACCUCACCCUUCCCAUUCCCGCUGACACCUGUCCUGAUACUGAUACUGAUAUGCGCCCCCGCGCCCACAGGCUCAGGCGAAUCCGGCAAAUCGACCAUCGUCAAACAAAUGAAGAUCAUUCACAAGAACGGCUUCACCCCCGCCGAGCUGGCAGAGUACAGACCCGUCGUCUACAAGAACGUCCUCGAGUCUGCGCAGCAUGUUGUCCUUUAUAUGAUGAAAGCGGGGUUGGGUUGUGUUGAGUAUUCGAAUAGGGCCCUCGCCGAUAAAAUCCUCGAGUACCGCCUAGACGCACACGGAGACACGCCCUACUUUUCUCCCGAAAUUGCAGAAGCGAUUGACCAACUAUGGAAAGACCCGAUUAUACCCAAGAUUAUGGACGAGCAUUCGAGCAAGUUUUAUUUGAUGGAUUCGGCGGGGUACUUCUUCAGCGAAGUCUUACGGAUAGGCGACCCCAAUUAUCUACCCAACGAAACGGAUGUGUUGCGCGCUCGUCAAAAGUCGGUCGGCAUUUCGGAGACGAGGUUUACGAUGGGGCAGUUGUCAAUACACAUGUUCGACGUGGGCGGUCAACGUUCCGAACGCAAAAAGUGGAUCCACUGUUUUGAGAGUGUGACGUCUAUCAUUUUUUGUACUGCGUUGAGCGAGUAUGAUCAGGUUUUGAGGGAGGAGAAGACACAGAACCGAAUGGCCGAAUCGCUCAUUCUGUUUGAAUCGGUGAUCAACUCGAGGUGGUUCCUCCGCACGUCUAUCAUCUUGUUCUUGAAUAAGAUUGAUGUGUUUAAGAAUAAGUUGCCCAAGGUCCCACUGGAACGCUACUUCCCUGAAUACACGGGUGGACCGGACAUCAACAAGGCUGCCAAGUACAUUUUGUGGAAGUUUAUGCAAGCGAAUAGGGCUAGGUUGAGUGUUUAUCCACAUCUAACGCAAGCGACUGAUACUACGAAUAUUCGACUGGUCUUUGCGGCUGUGAAGGAGACGAUUUUGCAGAAUGCGUUGAAGGAUAGUGGGAUUCUGUAA